CAGGGCUCAGAGGAAAGAGAGAUCCUGAGAGGCAGCUGCACAGCAGGUAAUGGGAUGGUGAGUGAGACCAUAGAGCAGAAUCCUCAGCAGGAAGAUGAAGAGCAAGUGGAAUCACAUGGGGUGUUAUUGCAAAGAUGCAAGGGGAGUGUGUCCAGGAGCUGUGAGCAGGGAAAAGCCUGUGAGAGUCAGUACAUGCCAGAGAAGUGGCAGGGAAACCAGCUAAGGCAGAAAGUUGGUAAAUCAGUUAAUUAUUGGGGAACUCUCAAAAGCCUCAAGGAAACCACGGCCCAGCAGAAAAUCCUGAUGGGAGAGAGAAAUAACACAUGCGUUGAGUGUGGGAAAAAGCUCAGUAGGCGCUCGAGCCUUAUUAGACAUCUGAGACUCCAUGCAGGAGAGAGCUCCUAUGAAUGCUGUGAGUGUGGGAAAACCUUCACUCAAAGUUCACACUUUAUUAAACAUCAGAGGAGCCACAGAGGGAAGAAACCCUACAAAUGCUGCGAGUGUGGGAAAACCUUCACUCGGAGCUCUGUCUUUAUUAACCAUCAGAGAAUCCACACAGGGGAGAAACCUUAUAAAUGCUGUCAGUGUGGGAAAACCUUUGCUCAAAGCUCAAACCUUAUUACACAUCAGAGGAGCCACUCGGGGGAGAAACCCUAUGUAUGCUAUGAGUGCGGGAAAACCUUUGCUUGGAACUCAAACCUUACUAGACAUCAGAGGAUCCACACACAAGAGAAACCCUGCUGUGAAUGUGGGAAAACCUUCACUAAUAGCUCAACCCUUAUUAAACAUCAGAGAAUCCACACAGGGGAGAAAGCCUAUGAAUGCUAUGAGUGCCAGAAAACCUUCACUAAGCCCUCAACCCUUAUUGAACAUCAGAGGAUCCACACAGGGGAGAAACCCUAUGAAUGCUGUGAGUGUGGGAAAACCUUUGCUUGGCGCUCCACCCUUGUUACACAUCAGAGGAUCCACAGAGGGGAGAAACCCUAUGAAUGUUGUGAGUGCGGGAAAACCUUCACUCUGUCCGCAGACCUUAUAAGACAUCAGAGAAUCCACACAGGGGAGAAACCCUAUGAAUGCUGUGAGUGCGGGAAAACCUUCCCUCAGUGCUCAACCCUUACUGAACAUCAGAGGAUCCACACAGGGGAGAAACCCUAUGAAUGCUGUGAGUGUGGGAAAACCUUUGCUUGGAGCUCAAACCUUAUUACACAUAGGAGGAUCCACACAGGGGAGAAACCCUAUGAAUGCUGUGAGUGCGGGAAAACCUUCGCUCGGAACUCACACCUUAGUAGACAUCGGAGAAGCCACACUCAAGAGUGACCAUAUGGAUGCUGUGAGUGCAGGAAAACCUUUUCUAGGAGCUCAAACCUUAUUACACAUCAGAGUAUCCGUAAAGUGUGGGAAAUUCUUCUAUCAGAACUCAGCCCUUUUUUAUCAUUAGAGAAUCUGCAAGGGAGAUAAACACUCUAAAAUCCUUGUCUGUGGCUGAGGAAAGAUUUUUGUUUUCCUUUUGCUAAUUCCCACAUAGUGAGCUUUAAGGCAGCAUUUGUGACAUCGUGGUAUCUCAGUUGCCCCAGCUGAGUUGUCUGCGUUUCCCUUUUGCAGCUCACCCUUUCUUGGGGUGAAUUCCAGGACUGGAUUUACACCUAGGCUCAGCAGUGCCCACCCUGCCUACAGUUGACCUUCAUGUUGCACACAGUUUUAGAGAAGUAAGGCGCCCCUAGAAUGCUGGUGCACCUAGGCAUACUCCUACUGUGCCUAAUUGGAAAUCUGGCCCUGGUGAAUCUGACAGUAUUUUUCAUCAACUUCUUUGUCCUGUAUCAUGAAAGUGUGUGUCCCUCCAACAUGAAUGUCCAUCAGCCCCAGGUGGGGAAACCAGGAGUGACCUCUACCAGGUACGUGGAGGUUAAAUCUACCUGCACCUUGACUCCACUAGGUUUUCCAUGGAGUUAGCUAGAUUAAGUUAGUGAUCCUGAUGUAAAACCACAGCUAUUUUUUCAGUAAAGAAAAUAGCCCAUGUACAGUGGUCAGGGUAAUGUAGUAAAUUUCCUCACCAUCUGACACAACCUCCAUCACAUCUCCUAGUCUAACCAAAUUAAGAACAUCAUGUUUAUACUUUUCCUCCCACUGCAAAGUGAUUGUUAGUCACCAGGUUCCCCACUAGGGACAAAUUGUCUCAUUCACAGGUGUUCUCACAUUGCACUGGGUUUUGUUCCAUUUUUCUCAUUUUAAAUAUAUUUAAAUAUAACAAAGACGAGCAGGGAUGAGGGGGAAAAGUGUUUUUUCAGCCUCUGUGAUACCUGAAGAGGUGGUGAGUUAGAGGGAGUCCGACCUUCCCAAUUAGCCCAGCAACAUUUCCUUUGUUAGAGCCAUAUAGAAUUUAUCUUCUACAUCUCUGCUACUUAAUGUGUCAUAUGAUUUGGGGUUCUCAACCCUCUGCUUGGGGAUCACACUUUGUUUUCUUUGAUCCCAAAACAGUAAUUUAGGGCUGAGAUGAAUGUGUCACAGACUUGGAAGGGGAAUUUGAAUGGAUCUCAAACGCAGUGAGAUCAUUUGGAGUUUAAAUCCCAGUUUCCAACUGUUGGCAAAGCCUGUUAGAAUCAUAGAAUCAUAGAACUGGAAGGGACCUCAAGAGGUCAUCUAGUCCAGACCUCUGCACUCAAGGCAGGACUAAGUAUUAUCUAGAUUAGA